AUGGAGCCAACAAAUUUCUAUCAAGGUGUAAAAAUUCCGGAAUGGAGAAAAAUAAUGUUUGCAGAAAUAGGUGCUCUUAAGAAAAACAACACUUGGAGUAUCACAACUUUACCACCUGCCAUUAAGGGUUGGUCUUUGCAUCAACUUGAUGUUAACAAUGUAUUCCUUCAUGAGAACCUUACUGAGGAGGUCCACAUACAAAUGCCUCUGGGAGAUAACAAAACUCAAGUUGUAACCUUAAAGAAUAUUCUUAAUGCUAAGUUUAGUAUAAAGGAUCUUAAUUUACCCAAGUAUUUUCUUAGGAUUGAGAUUGCACAUUCAUCUGCAGGGUGUCAGACUUCUAUGACACAAAUGGAACAAAAUGUCAAAUUUAGUGCUGAAGAUGGAGACCUGAUACUAGAUCCAUCUACCUAUCAACUACUUAUUGGUCGUUUGAUGUAUCUGAAAAUCACUCGACCUGAUAUUCUUUUUACUGUUAAUGUAUUGAGUCAAUUCAUGCAAACACCACGACAUCCGCAUUUCAAAGCUGCAUUAUGCAUUCUGCUUAUUUCAAAGGGAGUAUUGGCAAAGGCAUUUUUUAAUCAUCUUCUAGUCAGCUACCACUCAUGGCUUAUGCUGAUUCAGAUUGGGCAAGUUGUCCUGAUACCCGCCGUUCUACAAGUGGUUAUUGUACUUUUCGUGGAUUCAAUCCUAUCUCUUGGAGAAUCAAGAAGCAAAGUGUAA